AUGUCAUACCACGAAUCAGACAGCCGCAGCCCCCCUUCAACAUCCCCCGCCGACCAGAGUCAUGAAGACAACCGUUCAACGCUUUCGUUCCUAUUCGAACGUACCUCAUUGAACGAUUCGGACGAUAUCUCUCAUCCUGCAAACUACAAUCCCAACCAGAGGACACCAUACCCCAGGCGUCGUGAGAGCGGAGCCGACUCGCCGACAUGGGCUGGUGGUGAACCCGACGAGACUAUUUGGAUGUCUUAUACUGCUGAAGGAGAGCCUUUCGUACAGGUGACUUCUGUGGGGAGUAGUCUCCGUUCGCCCCCGGAUGCGGACCCGCAAUCAAGUCCGGAAGAAGAAGCCGUCCAUAUCCAUCUCAAACCCGUUUCUGAGCCAGACCAGGUCGACAACGGCCAAUCUGUAAAACCAGACCCAAAAAGACCAGCCCUCUCCCGCCAAUCCCGUCUCUCCCAGCGCUACGUCAGCACCCUAGCCAGCAUGGGCUACACCUAUUCCCCCGGGCAGGGCACGUCCCCCACACCGGGCAGUUCGGCAGCGUCGAUCAGGUCGAAUGGGCGUGGGAGGGAGGUGGAAUAUCAGAGUACGCCGAAUGGGGCAAUUUUAGAUGAUCCGAGUGAUUCCGAGGUGCUCCGGAACCUCUGGGGGGAGGAGAGGAGUAGGGGGACGGGGGGACCGGCGCAGAUUCUGCAUUCUUGUGUCAUCCCCGAUGUUACCUCUCUCGUCACCGUGUUCAUCUAG